UGCCAUCCAAGCUUCUUUAUGCAACAUUGCUAGAGCUCCUUAUCGUCUAGCUGAAAAGUGUGGACCGGUAAUAGAGGAGCUUAUUGCUGCCCAGAGGUCGGCUUCUGACCCUAACAAUAUUGGGGAGACUUCACGGAGGAACAACUCAGGCACCGAAGAGGACUUUGUCGAUCCUCACAACGAUCAACUAUUCGAGCAUGGAAACGGCGGUGUUUUCAGGACCCCAAGUUCUUGCUACAGAGAUGAUGUAUUAAGGGAUGGCAACGGCCAAAACUCAUACACCACAGAUCCCGCCACAUCUAAAACUGGUGGCACUACACCUUGCACUAAACCUCAUCAAGAAGCUUGCAGGGAUGACCAUGCACGUACUACUACUUGCUCAGAUCAUAUACCCCCCCUCUUCUAGUUUGCCUGACAGCAACCAUGAUAUGAAUAGAAUCAACAAUCUCAUUGAUGCCAUCUAUUGUGAAGAGCAAUCAAAUCAUAUGCAUACUCUCCCUUCACCAUGCACUACCCAAUUUGAAGACCAGGCCAAAACUGAUCAAAAUAACAUGGUGUCAGGCACUUUACAUGUGUCAGAACAGAGAACAGGGAAACGCAUGACACGGAAGCCUGCUAAAUAUUCUUCACCCUUCAAGUAUGGAAUUAUGUCCCGUCCUGCACCCAAUGUGGACGCAGCAAUGAGUCUCUUUGGACACAUGUGCGCUGAUGACUCCACAUUGAAAAGCAUGCCGGUGAUCCAGUUUGGUAGCACCCCUUUAACUUGUGACAUGAUUGCACAAUCAUUUGCCGAUGGUGCAAUCCCAGACUCAACUUUUAUCACAGGAUUUGUCAAAUGUCUUAGCUAUGAUGAUUAUUGGAUCAGACCCGAGUGCCAUGGUUAUAGAAUUUUUUUUGAUGCUGACCUCUCAGCAAUUCUCAAUGUUGAGUGGCACAAAAGGGACAGCUCCGAACCCAAAUAUAGCCAGUUUGCUGCAGUGACAGCCAUCCAACGUUGUCUUCCUUUCACAGACUUGAAGAAGACAAAGAUGAUUCUUCUACCAGUUCUACAUCAGCACCAUUGGUCUGUUUAUUGCGUUAACUUUGGCCAAUCACGGAUUGAUGUGCUUGACUCAAUGUUGUACACCCCUGAGUCUGACAACAAUUGGGACAAUUAUCAUUUGGAAUUUGGAAAAAAAAUCAUGCACCGACUAAGUGAUGCUCUCUCCAUUGCUGCACCUCUCAAAUUUAAAUCAUUCAAGAACUGGAGACAUGUCCCGGUCAAGGUUCCCGUCCAGAAGGCCACGUCGGACAGUGCAUUCUUUGCCAUGAAGUUUCUCGAGUUCUAUGAUGGUGAUGGCCAUGGCUCACUACACACUAGCAUCGCUGCUGAACGAUCAAAAGAGUUGUGUGCUGAGACCUUGUAUUACCUCACUUUUCAUAAGCAGAACAAGGUUGUGGCGCUGCCCAACGAAAUCCUUCAGUACCAUCGAGAUGAUCAUCACCCUUUUUUCUAUUAGUUUUUUUUGUUCAUUACAACCCUUUACUAUUUAAUUUUUAUUCUUUUGUAGCUGUGCAUAUUGUACAUUCUCAUGAUUCAUAUAUGAACUAUGCUUAGUUUUGUGAC